AAUAAUUUGGCACCGAUACAAAAUCAACCAAUAUAUACAAUACAAAGACCCACCUGACUCGGAGGAAAUGACUCCAAAUUGCCUAAAAAUUUUAACACCCAUUUCCUCUUCAAAGCGUCCAUUCUUCUCUCUCUUCUCCAAACCCACAAAAGCCCAAUUCAAAACCUCUUCUUCAUUUGUACGUUCAGUAAAAAUGUCUUAUGUAAAGGAACUUGCUGCUGCUAAAAAAGCUGCUUCUUUAGCCGCCCAACUUUGCCAGAAGGUGCAAAAAGUUCUAUUGCAAUCUGAUGUGCAAUCUAAAUCAGAUGAAAGUCCUGUAACAGUCGCGGAUUAUGGCUCACAAGCACUGGUGAGUUUUGUACUGGAGAGAGAACUUCCUUCUGAACCAUUUUCAUUAGUAGCUGAGGAGGAUUCAACAGAUCUUCGUAAUGAUGGUGCUAGAGAUACACUAAAACGCAUUACAGAACUUGUGAACGAAACUAUAACUAGUGAUGGAUCUUAUAGUGUUCCUACAUUAGCCACAGAAGAUGUGCUUAGGUCCAUUGACAGUGGCAAAUCUGAAGGCGGUUCUGUUGGCAGACAUUGGGUUUUAGAUCCCAUUGAUGGCACUAAAGGGUUUGUACGAGGAGAUCAAUAUGCUAUUGCGUUAGCAUUACUUGAUGAAGGAAACAUAGUGCUGGGUGUCCUGGCUUGUCCGAAUCUUCCAUUGGCAUCCAUUUGUGGUGAUUAUCAGAAAUCUUCGAAUAAUGAUGUUGGUUGCCUUUUCUAUGCGGAAGUUGGAGCAGGAACUUAUAUGCAAUCACUGAAUGGUUCUUCACCUGUGAAGGUACAAGUCACUACCAUUGAAAAUUCUGAAGAAGCAUCAUUCUUUGAGUCAUAUGAAAAAGCACAUUCCCAGCAUGGCUUAUCUAGCUCCAUUGCCAAAAAACUUGGUGUGAAAACACCCCCAGUUAGAAUUGACAGCCAGGCAAAAUAUGGUGCUCUGUCAAGAGGAGAUGGAGCCAUAUAUAUGCGGUUUCCCCUCAAAGGAUAUCGUGAGAAAAUCUGGGACCACGCUGCUGGGUGCAUUGUUGUGACUGAAGCUGGGGGUGUCGUCUCAGACACAGCUGGGAACCCGUUGGAUUUUUCGAAGGGAAAAUAUCUGGAUCUUCACGUAGGUAUCAUUGUUACAAAUCAGAAGUUGAUGCCAAGACUCUUGAAGGCAGUGAAAGAGUCCCUGGAGGAGCAAUCUUCAUCCUCGUAAUUGUAUGUAGAUGCUUGAUUGAUUUCAGGAUUUCCCCGGUUAAGUUUGCCAGUAACUCAAAUUGCUGAUUAUCUUGAUCUGUUUUCUUUUAUUGUCCCUGGAAGCUACUUCUAAUUAUGCUAAUUUUUUACCUGCUUGCUA